UUUCUUUCUCUUUCGUUCUCUGGCACUCUCUCUCUUUUUACCUCUCUCUCUCUCUCUCGUGCUCUUUUUCUUUCUCUCCCUCGUUCUCUCUUUUUCUUUCUGUCUCCCUAUUUCUUUCUCUUUUUCUUUCUCUCUCUCGUUCUUUCUCUUAUGCUGUCUCUCUCAAUCGCCCCCCUUUCUCUCGUUCUCUCUCCUCUCUCGUUCUUUCUCUUAUGCUGUCUCUCUCAAUUCCCCCCCGGCCCCCUCUCGUUCUCUCUCCUCCCCCCCUUCUCUCUUUCUCUCUCUUUCUCUCUUACUCUCUCUUUCUCUCCCUCUCUCUUUGUUUUCUUUUGGGCCAUUGCCAGUGUGCCUUGUCUGAUUUUGUCAGACAGGGCCCCCAAAACCCUGUUAAGAGUUCAUAUCGGUUAUACCCGUCCGUCUGCGGAGAAGAUAAGAGAGCGAUGUCUGUCUGCCUACCCACCUGUCUGUCCGUUCGCCUGUAUGUACUUUCUUUUGCUUUUUGUUUGCGUCGUUGAAUUGUUUCUGUCUUUUGAAGAAGAAGAUGGAAGACCCCCCUGAGGAUAUACCUAGCCUCCGGCUGAAUGACCCAUGCGUUCAAAAAGGUGGAGGCCAAAGGAUAAAGAAUGCACGUGGAUCAACCACGUGGCUGGGAGUCUAACCGCGUGGAAUAAUCUGAACGGUAGCCACGUGCUCUUUUUUUUAUCCACGUGGUUUUGUCUGGAAGAACCACGUGGUUGUACGCAGAAGAACCACGUAGUUGGUCCCGUCUUGUCCCCUACUCUGUCUGGCCUUGCGAGCGGAUUUAGAUCUUAUUCCUGGACAUCUUGAGAUCUUUCAUUUUUUUCAUAGAAACUAAAAUAGUAACUAACAUAUGGUGAUGUUUGAAUCACACCCUUUGGGGUAUUCUGACUCUCUUGGUUGAAUAAUGCGAGUGAACUCAAUGAUGUGUCCAACACGAGGAAAACGAGAGGGCUGAAUCCCAUGUCAGAUGUUGUCCGUCCCUUCCACUUUGCUUUUCUCGGAAAAACCCUAAACGGCUAAAUCUUCUAUUCUCUUCGCUCUUGUGUGUGCUAAGAGUGUGCGCUGUUUUAUUUUCAAGAAAAACCAGGCGAGCGAGCCAGCAAGAAAUAGAUAGCGACGGUGAGUGUGUGUGUGUGUGUGUGUGUGUGUGAGAGAGAGAGAGAGAGAGAGAGAGAGAGAGGAUCGCGCAACUUUAAUGUGAGGAGCCUAGGUAUGGACAGUAAGAGAGAGAGAACGGAUCUCGCAACUUCUAUGUUCGGAGCUUAGGUAUGGCAAAAGAGAGAGAGAGAGAGAGAGAGAGAGAGAGAGAGAGAGAGAGAGAGAGGGGCAUGAAGAAUGUUUUGCCUUGGCGUGGGGAAUGUUGUUGGGAGAAGGUCCACGUGGACAAGAAGCCGCAUUUCGGCGCUUCCCUUGCGUCGUUCGCAUGCCACUUUUCCAUGCCUCUUUUCAUGCUUCUUUUCCAUUUCCCUUUGCUGCUCGCGUCGCUCGCUUCGUGCCUCUGCAUCCAUCUCGUCUGCCGGUCGCCAGAAAAGAUUGAAAAUAGAAAUCGGACGACCUCUACUCUGGUUCCACUUUUGAACACCGUGUCUCUGCAUCCUAUCCUCUGGCUGUAGUGGUUAAAGAUACUUGGCUCUUCUUGAGGCCGGAGUCGCCGGUUCGAAUCUGUGCUUUUGCACGGAGGAGGGGGCUUAGGCCCAGAGGCCGAAGUGGUUAAGAUCCAUAACUACGCUACUGUGUCUGGUUUUGAAAAUUAAAACGAGCUUUUUCAGAACGUGAACCGACGUUUUGGAAGUUGUGACAAAAAACAUCGUACAGAUUCCUUGUGACGUUUUGGAAAAAAAGAUCUUCAACUGUGUCGGACGAAGAGAGAAGGAAAUGUGCACUGGCCACCAAAGGGGGGGAGGACAGUACCUGUGUGGAGCCGGGGCGCCAGUGCACUCACCGCUUGCUGUGCCCAAUCUGUGAAACAAUUGUGAAUCGAGAAAAAUCCCUGUGAUUCGAUUCCAAUCAAUUUCUCUGCUCGUU